GGACAACACGUCUGCUAUCCAACGAUAGGUUGUUUUGAUAUUCUACCUCCAUUUAACAACACUGGAAUUUUACCCCAAGAUCCUGGAUUUAUCCAAACAGUUUUCAAACUAUAUACCAGACAACAUGAUGGUGCUCCUCAAGAUAUAACACCAACUUUUCAUGGUGAUUUCAAUCCAGGAAUCAAUACUAAAAUCAUAAUCCAUGGAUUUCUCCAGGACUAUUCAGCACCUUGGCUUGAUAGAGCAGCAAAGGAACUCAUAAGAAAGGAUGUGAUGAAUGUUAUAGUUGUUGGUUGGGGACAUGGCGCUGGAUUUCCGUACAGUCAGGCAGCUUCCAAUACACGUGUCAUUGGGGCUGUUGUAGGCCAAUUUGUUAACACCCUCCUGAACACGACAUCUCUGCAAGCUAGAAAGGUACAUCUUAUUGGGCACAGUUUGGGAGCCCACGUAGCUGGAUAUGCUGGCAACCUCAUUCCGGAUCUUGGACGAAUUACAGGCCUUGAUCCCGCUCAACCAAACUUUAUUGAUACAUCCACCGUAGUACAUCUUGAUAAAACUGAUGCUCGUUAUGUUGAUGUUAUACAUACUGAUGGUUCUACAUACAAUACAUUUAGUGGUUAUGGUAUGUUGACAGCAGUUGGCCAUGCUGAUUUUUAUCCUAAUGGUGGUAUACACCAACCGGGAUGUGGUGGCGAGACGUAUAUGGAUGUCAUGUCUAAUGCUUUCAGUAACGGAGUUGAGAGUGCUGAAAACCAUUUAGGAUGUAGCCACGACAGAGCAUGUGAUCUGUUUAUUGAAUCUAUCAACGGACCAUGCUCUUUUAUUUCAUAUCCAUGUUCUUCAAAGCGUGACUUUGAUACAGGGAAAUGUUUAGAUUGUGGUAAUAGGUUUUGUCCACGGAUGGGUUUAGAUGGUGCUCGAUAUAGAUCAAAGGGAACAUUUUAUCUACAAACCAAUGAUAGGGCGCCAUUUUGUGGUGAGUAUUAUUUCAAUUUGUACAUACAAUCUAGGCUACCACUUUCUAGUGUGGUGAUCCAUGGAAGGCAUCCCAGGCGUAUUGUUUAG